CAGUUCGCCAAACAUUGAAAGUCAUGGCGGCUUCCAUUGAGAGUUUGCUGGCAGAAAUCUCUGGUGUUGACAAUCCAAUUGAAGAGUUACAGAUUUUAAAAACAGCUUUAUUAUCGAUCCCUCUCAGCGCGUUGAGAGACUCACUGAGCGGACAACGUUUCAACGUGAUAUUCUCUCUGUUGAACUCGAAUGAAAGGGAGCAGGUGGAGCUGUGUGUGGAGAUCCUUGAACGCAUCUUAUUGGCCCUUAGCCCUGUGUCCCUGGCCCAGAACUACACAGUGGAGCUGCAGGGUGGUCUGACCCAUCCUAAUGACACGGUUAAGAUACUGGCCCUGACACAGAUUGGUAGAAUUGUGGAGCACCCAGACGCUGCCACUGAAAUCCUCGACAACCAUGACAUUCUUGGAUCAGUGAUCAACUGCAUUGGAGAGGAGAAGAUGGCUGUGGCGAAGCAGGCCAUCAAGUCCCUGUCCAAACUGAGUCACUCCAAGCCUGGGUUAGACAAGUUGUUCAAGAGCGACCUGCUGGAAGUUGUGAAGCAUGUAAUGGCCACAAGUGACAUAGUCCGAUAUCGAAUAUAUGAGCUUGUGGUGGAAAUUUCGUCUGUAUCUCCCAUUUCCCUGGGUUACUGUGCCAACAGCAGGUUCAUUUCUCAACUAAUUGCAGAACUGACUGGAGAGGAUGUAUUGAUUAGAGCCACAGCCAUUGAGAUGGUCACCGCCUUAGCUCAAAGUCAGCAUGGUCGUCAGUAUUUGACUCAGCAGGGUAUAAUGGACAAGAUUUCCAACAUGAUCAGAGGAGCAGAGACUGACCCUUUAUCCUCCCUCUACCUUCCUGGUUUGGUGAAGUUCUUUGGAAACCUUGCGAUUAUGGAGAGCCCCCAGCAAGUUUGUGAAACCUACCCGGCCUUCCAGAACAAGGUGUUUGAGAUGGCUCUCGAUCGGGACCCUGCGAUGAUCGGUGUGGCUCUGGACACUUUAGGGCUACUCGGGUCUACUGUAGAGGGCAAGCAAGUUCUACAAAAAGCAGGAGAAACGUUCAAGGCUGUCUUGACAAGAAUGAGUCAGCUUGCCAGCGCUGGAGCUACCGAGCUCAGGGUGCGCAGCUUGGACGCUAUAUCACAACUUCUAACACUUCAGCCGGAGGAGCAGACGGAUGACCUCUUGGCCCUCACAGAGUCCUGGUUCCAUCUUUUGUCUAACCAGCCCAUGGACAUGAUCCGCAACAUCAGCACUCAGCCGUUCCCCGAGCUGCACUGUGGAGCUUUGCGGAUAUUCACCGCCAUUGCCACACAGCUGUGGGGUCAGAAGUUAAUGAUCAGCACUCCAAGUUUCAUGGAGUUCAUUUUGGAUCGUACAAUGGGUCAGACGAAGGAUGCCAAAGAUGCUAAGUUUGAGCUGGUGGGGUCACUGGUCAGUUCAUCAACAGCAGUGGAGAUACUGGGCAGCCAGUAUCACAUUCGCCUGAAGACUUUUCUCAGAGAGGGACCUUACUACGUUUCAGCUGUGCCCUCCGUCAGCACGGAAGGAGCUGACUAAUUCAGACAAACUUAAUUGCUCUAGUUGCUUUAAGUUAUUGGUAAGUGCCUGAAUAAUCUAGUCGUGGGUUAACAUAUAAGUGGUCCACACUUUACUAAAACCCUAUUAAGUAUUCAACUGAAAUUGAACAGUACACAAUGUAUCUGCAUCUAAAAACAUUAAGCUCUCAAAGGUGAUAUAACGUAAAAAGGGUUUUGGAAACAUACAUGAAUAUAUUAUCAGGCUUUUAUAGAACACGUUUCAAAUCAUAUUCCACAUUUAAUCUUUUGGAGAAAUGAAUGGUUGCUAAAAAUCCAAAAGCAUCAAAUGGGAUGCCAUAGUUGCAAAAGCUGAGUGAUCAAUACAGGAUAAUUGAUACCAGUGUCCAUCACAAUGUCUCCACAUCAUGUGACACUAAAGUCACCACUGUUGACAUGAUAUGUUAACCCAUGUCUAGCUUCUGAGUCAUUACCAAUUACUUAAGCAUUGACCAAAUAUAUUUACAUAAUGUUUACUAUCCAGGCAAUUCAAAAAAUUCACAUCAUAAACCAUUCUCUGAAUCCUUCAGACAUUUGUUCACGAAAUGGAAUGAUUUAUUAUUAUUUUUUAUUAAAGAGGAUGGAGUCUGGCGACA